AUAAUAAGUGGGGAAUGGGAGUGGAAAAUAAGGCAAACGAAAAAGUCUGCAGCACGCACCCAAACGCAGCACAGUAUUCCAACUUCAAACUCGAAACCCCCUUUCACUAAACAAUAAAGAUGCCGGAGGAGACGACGGCUAUAGACUACGUUAUGGAGGCGGCGUCGGGACCGCACUUCUCCGGCCUCCGUCUCGACGGUUUUAUGUCCGCCACUUCGUCUUCACCACGCGCUUCUGCCGCCGCCUCUCCCACUUCGUUUUUUCACCCCGUCGUCUCCGAUUCCACCGCGCUCAAGCAGCCUUUCGUAAUUGGGGUUUCUGGGGGAACGGCAUCUGGUAAGACGACCGUUUGUGAUAUGAUUAUUCAGCAGCUUCAUGAUCAUCGUGUAGUGCUCGUCAAUCAGGAUUCUUUUUAUCGCGGUUUGACUCCUGAAGAGUUGAAACGUGUGCACGAGUACAAUUUUGAUCAUCCAGAUGCCUUUGACACGGAGCAGCUCCUUGAGUGUGUUGGGAAGCUAAAGGCUGGUCAGCCUGUCCACGUUCCUAUAUAUGACUUUAAAUCACAUCAAAGGAGUUCAGAGAGCUUCCGCCAGGUGAAUGCAUCUGAUGUAAUAAUACUGGAGGGUAUUCUUGUAUUUCAUGACCAACGAGUGCGAAACUUGAUGAAUAUGAAGAUUUUUGUUGACACAGAUGCUGAUGUGAGGCUUGCACGUAGAAUAAGACGGGAUACAGUUGAGAGGGGUAGGGACAUAAACUCAGUCCUUGAACAGUAUGCAAAAUUCGUGAAGCCUGCUUUUGACGAUUUUGUUCUGCCAUCGAAAAAAUAUGCUGAUGUUAUUAUACCCCGUGGAGGUGAUAAUCAUGUUGCGAUUGACUUGAUUGUCCAACAUAUUCGCACCAAGCUUGGCCAGCACGACCUGUGUAAGAUAUAUCCUAAUGUGUAUGUGAUACAGUCGACUUUCCAGAUAAGAGGUAUGCAUACCCUGAUUCGAGACAGAGAGAUAUCAAAACAUGAUUUUGUAUUUUAUUCCGACAGGCUUAUCCGUCUGGUUGUGGAGCAUGGUCUUGGCCACUUACCCUUCACCGAGAUGCAAGUUGUCACUCCAACUGGGUCUGUAUAUACCGGUGUCGAUUUUUGCAAGAAAUUGUGUGGGGUUUCUAUCAUUCGAAGUGGUGAAAGCAUGGAAAACGCACUGCGUGCUUGUUGCAAAGGGAUUAAAAUUGGGAAAAUCUUAAUCCACCGUGACGGUGACAAUGGAAAGCAGCUUGUAUAUGAGAAACUUCCUAACGACAUUUCCGAGCGCCAUGUCCUUCUCCUUGACCCAGUUCUUGCUACAGGUAACUCUGCUAAUCAGGCAAUUGAGUUACUCAUACAGAAAGGAGUUCCAGAAUCACACAUUAUAUUUCUAAACCUCAUAUCUGCACCCGAGGGAAUACAUUGUGUUUGCAAACGUUUCCCCUCCUUAAAAAUUGUGACCUCAGAGAUUGAUGUGGCACUGAAUGAAGAAUUCCGUGUGAUACCUGGUAUGGGAGAAUUUGGUGAUCGUUACUUCGGCACUGAUGAUUGAUCUCAGGCUUCUGGUCUCACCCAUUUGAUGCAUUGGGUCUGCUUUCUAUUGUAAAUUAAGUCUGCUGAAUGCUGAUGCUUCAUUAUCGACUCAAUCAUGUACCUUUGUCGAACAAGCUUUACCAGUAUAUAAUUUCUAUGCACCCUUGCCAAAGUUUUCAGAGUGGUGCUCUCUCUAAAAUAUUCUUGUUUUAAUCAGUACUAAACAUUUGGCGCUAACGCUCCAAACGAGGGAGCAUUUGUUUUGGGUUACUCCACUAAUGCCUCAUUUGGGGUAAGAGGUUAAACCGACCUCAAAGGCCCCCUUAAUUGUGUAGUUGAAUAUUUGUGGUCUCUUCUGGAUUAACAACUGAUGCAUAUUUUAAUAAAUGCGCUGUUACUCAAA